AAACCCACUUCUCAAAAAUCCAUCACGAUCUCCCUAGCUAGGGAAGUAAAGGAAGUAAAGGAAGGAUGUCAUCGGCGGCAGGGAUGUCGGUUGGCGUGUUCGCCGGGUUCCACGGCCUGAAACAUAACUCGUCGCCGGCUACGAAGCAGUUAUACGAUGUUGCGGCGUGGAGGAGGAAGGCUGCUAGUAGUACCGUGUCGAACGGUUCGAAGGUUUGCUGUAUGAGGACGUGGAACCCGAUCGACAACAAGAAGUUCGAGACGCUGUCUUACCUUCCUCCGCUGUCACAGGACUCCGUCGCCAAGGAGAUCGAUUACAUGAUCAAGAAGGGCUGGAUUCCUUGCCUUGAAUUUGACGAGGUGGGAUAUGUGUACAGGGAGAACAGCAGGAUGCCAGGGUACUACGACGGCAGGUACUGGACUCUGUGGAAGCUGCCGAUGUUCGGUUGCAACGAUUCGUCCCAGGUGCUGAACGAGAUCGAGCAAUGCAAGCAGACGUACCCGAAUGCUUACAUUCGCUGCCUCGCAUUCGACAACAUUCAACAGGUCCAGUGCAUGGCUUUCCUCAUCCAAACUCCCAACUAAGCUAGCUAGCUAUUUCCCCCCUGCAUCUUCCUCAACUUAAUUAGAUGCAUCGAUCUAGCUACCAUUACCAUUGGGGGCGCCCGUCGUCGUCGCUUGUUCUGCUGAAUAAUCUUUCCUCAAUAAAAAGUGCAAGAGGGUUUGCCGAAUGGGGUUCUAGGGUUUGCCUAGCUACUUGAUCAUGGGGGUUGUUUUGAAGCUCUACUCUUUCAAACCUUCCUACAUACAUUAUAUAGUUGGUUAUGUAAUAAUGAGUAGUUGUUUAAUGCUUGUUUUCACAUGUUAUAUCUGCAGCAUCAGGUGCUUUGUAAUUCCAUUUCCAAGCUGUUUAGGUUUCACUCCCACAAAUAACAAACCCUUGUGGGUUGUUUGGAUUAGGAAUAAGAUUUUUUAUACGACAGGUUUGACCAAAAUCCCUCGUUUAAAGUAGCGGGGAAUUUGAAUGCAAGGUUUAAACGAAAUAAACUCGUUUGUAAGCGAAUGUGGGUAGUUCGCUCCAGGACUCCACUCCCUCAAGAGCAGGAUGCCGGCCGCAAUGGAGCUGGAACCCAACCUAAACUUUUUGCGGGCUUUCGU